AUGCUGAUUUAUAAAGUAAUAAAAUUAAGAUUUCCAAAAGGACUUUUAGGUCAGCCUUUAUUAUUAACUCAUACGGCGACAUGUCCUACAUUACAUAAACAAAAAGAACAGCAAAAACCAUCAAUCUGCGCCCCGAAAAGUGAUUCUAAAGGUCCCUCAGACGGAGCUCCUCCAUCAUCUCCAGGCUUAAAACGAGCUUUAAAAUCUGGUAAAGUACGUUUUGGAUUUUUACCUGAAGAGUGGUUCUUAUUCUUUCAUUCUAAAACUGGUGUGAGUGGGCCUUAUAUUUUUGGCAUAGUUUUUGCCAACUAUUUAUUCAGCAAAGAAAUAUUUGUAAUGGAUCAUGAAUACUACACAAGUUUGUCUAUAUUUCCAAUGCUUUAUUUUGUGUCAACGAGACUAGGCCCUGCUUUUGCAAAAUUCCUCGAUAAAGAUAUCGAUGAAUUUGUUAAUAAUUUAGAAAAGGAUAAGAAAGAUGAGAUGAGUGUUUUUGAAAAUGUAAUCAAAGAUGCAAAAGAUGCUCAAUGGAGAGCUGAAGGACAAAAAAUAUUAAUGGAUGCUAAGAAGGAACAUAUUGCAAUGCAGUUAGAAGCUAUAUAUAGAGAGAGAUACAUGCAAGUAUUCCGAGCUGUAAAAAAUCGUUUGGACUAUCAAGUACAGUUACAUCGAUCACUUUCAAUAAUACAACAAAAGUGGAUGAUUAAUUGGAUUAUAGAAAACGUAAAGAAAGCUAUUACACGAGAAUUCGAAAAGAAGUUCUUUGAAAAAGCAAUACAAGAUAUUUCGGCUAUUGCAGGACGAACA